AUGCCUGAGAAUACCCCACAGUCUCAGUAUAAGGCUGAAACUGUCGACACAGGCGACAUGAGUAUUUAUACUGAGAAACGUCCCGCCGACUGGAACCAUCAGCCCCUCUUCAGCAGGCGAUCAGAAUGGCAGAGACCGCAGACAACCAACCAAUCCACCGCCACUGAACAAAAACUGCAGGCAAUUUUCAGUGAAGUGUCCAGAAACUGGCGGGUGCGAUCCUUUGAGACAUGGAUCUCCGAGCAACACCAAAAAGCUGUCGCCAGAGCCGAACCGGGGCAGCUUGCUUUCAUUAGACGCCUAAACCUCGAUAUCAUUGAGCAUCUGAAGGAUAUCAAAUGGGCAAUCUAUAACCUUAAUUACCUCGAUAACCCCUACGGUUAUGAAGCGGGUUAUCGAAAACAGGAUGAGGGUCCAGGCUUUUCCCAAAACCCAGCGACAUUCCAACACCGGACCCAGUGA